AUGGGUCAGAUCAACACUUUUAUAUGGUCCACCAUCUUGAAACAAAACACCCCAACUGAAAGAAAACCCGUAGAUACUAUUCAAGUUUUCAUCAAGUAUUUCAAUGGACAGGAAGCAAUCACGAGCGAUUAUAGGAUUAAUGUUAGUGCGGCUUUUAUAGGCACAUACGAUGGGCCAAUGACCUUGAAAUGGGGAUUCACGUCCCUUUUGUACCAUGAAAUGACCCAUGUUUUCCAAUGGGAUGGCGAGAAGAAAGCCCCUAAAAGUUUGGUAGAAGGGAUCGCAGAGUACACGAUUCUCAAAGCUAAUUACUCGGAACUAGGCUUUAGCAAGCCCGGUUCCGGGGAUAGAUGGGACGCUGGGUAUGAUAUCACAGCCCGUUUUCUCGAGUAUUGUGACGGGCUUGUUCCAGGAUUUGUGGCAAAGCUUAACAAUAUGAUGAGGAAAACUUACGACAUCUCGUUUUUUAAAAAUAUAACAGGAAAGCCCGUAGAGCAACUGUGGAAGGAUUACAAGGAGAAAUAUCCAGGGGUUAAAUAG